AUGGCGUUCGACGUGUACGCAGAGGGAGGCUCCGAUAUGCACGAGUCGCGCGCAAGACUUGCACAACUCCUUGAAAGCCUCGGUGACGCGCUGCCUGCCGAGCUCCAACACGUACGUCGAGAAGAGGCGGAGACCGAACCUUCCAGCCAGCCUGGUCCUGACGCCGGACCCGCCGCCGCCGCCGCCGUUGCCACCAAGGAAGCGACUGUAGCGACCGAUGCAAACCACGAGGCUGGUCCCAGCCACCCCAACGGCCAGCACCCACAUACCGCCCAACGUACCGAGUUCGAGACGGAAUGGGCGCGCUUGCCCACUGCUAUCACCACCUUGCCCAGCUUCUGCAAGAUCAAGCAGCUCAUCAUGCGCCAUUCAACAGGAAAGACAUCCUUCCGCUUCUCGCUGCCUGUACUCUCCAACGGCAUCGACCAUUGCUAUAUGUCACGACCUGCGUUUCGUCAGGUGCUACUCGACCUCGACGGCGAAUAUGGCGAGCAGAUCGACGACCCCGCCGAGGAUGCAGGCCUGUUGCCCCCUAGUCCGGAUCCCUUGACGCUAACCGAGGCCUUGUGGGAAAGCCACUUUGGCGUUCCGCGCCAUCUGAGGUGGUAUUCCACCCUGGCAGAUUUUGAAGAUGGCGUGGCCAGCUGCAUCCAGGUGCAUUUCGCACCACCCAAUCCGGGUCGUCUGGGACUUUCGCGCAUCUUGCUCGACUCGCCCAACGAUGUUGUACAUUGCGGUGUUGCCGGCACCAAGCGCCCUGUCUACUUUGUCGGGCCCACCUCGGGUCUCCUCUACACGGUUGUGCAGGGCUCGAUCCUCGUUGUUUCUUGGCCAAACACAGACCACAACUUCGACGCUUGGCUCAAAUGGAACCGUAAGAUCAACAACCGCCACCAUCACCACUACGACGAUCUGGAGGAUCCUCGUAUCAAUCUGCUCAGGACAGGCGACACUGUAUACCUUGCUGCAGGCACUACCAAUCUGAUGGUGGCUUUUUCGCACGUCGCCAUGACUAGUCGUCAGGUGCUCAACCCCACCUCGAGGGAGCUUGCUACGAUUAUCCGAUGCUGUCACAGGCUCAUGGACUCGUACAUCGAGCAGCAGAGCAUCGGCUACUCGCCAUUUGACGAGAUGGAGGUGGAACGCAUGGACGCCAACCUGAUCACGUGGAUGGCGCUCGCCCUGAACCUGACCACGGGCAAGCCGUCGGUGGCAGUUCAUCAGCUGGGUUCUCCCUACAAGGCUGCGUACAAGUUCCCGACCAAAAAGAUCACAACGAACGAGCGAGCUCUGCAGGAAUUCCUGCGUGGCGUUCGACAGGUCAGCAAGAAGAUCGAGCGCUACCGCCAGAUGGUGUCCGAGGCUACCAAGAACACGAAGGUCACCAGUGUCUCUGGCUGUCCACACAAUCGCCCCUUCGAUACGCUGAACGCGCUCGCCAAAUUGUCGUCGUCGGCAGACGCCGAAGGGGCGGUGGGCUCGCCCGGAGAUCAUUCGGACGCCGACAUGCUUCACUUGUAUGUACGAAGCAGUCUUUCUCUCAAAGGCAAGGAUCGUGCCCCGAAUUGA